AUGUGGUACGGCGUCUUCCUGUGGGCGCUUGUGUCCUCCCUCUCCUUUCACGUCCCGGCAGCUUUGCUAGCGCUCUUCACGCUUCGGCACCACAAGUACGGCAGAUUCAUGUCCGUGAGCCUCUUGUUGAUGGGCAUCGUGGGACCCAUUACCGCCGGCAUCCUCACAAGUGCGGCCAUUGCUGGAGUUUACAGAGCUGCAGGAAAAAAAAUGAUUCCCUUUGAAGCCCUCAGUUUGGGAGUGGGCCAGACAUUCUGCGUGGUGGUGGUUUCAUUUCUACGCAUUUUAGCCACUCUGUAGCUCUUCUUCAGUCACUAGAGCUCUCCAAUCAAAGGAA